UAUGACUUACCUUCAGAUAGUUGAGUUGCACGUUGAACGUGCAUUCAAAAUGUUGAAUAUAAUAUUUUUAAUUAUUUUGGUUUUUAGUGCCAGUGUGAGUGCGCAGGGGAAUACCACGCAAAGUGCGUACGAGCUGAAUAUUAUACACUAUAAUGACUUUCAUGCAAGGUUCGUGGAGACCAGUCCCUUCGGCGGCGCAUGCAACCCAGCCGUCGCUCCUUGUAUCGGGGGCUUCGCGCGCCUCGCCACGACCAUCCGGGACAGUCUAGCCGAGGACCCAGAGUCUCUGGUGCUCAAUGGUGGCGACAGCUUCCAGGGCACCAUAUGGUACAAUCUGCUGAGGUGGAACGUCACUUAUGACUUCAUGAAUAUGAUCCCGCACACUGCUCACGCAUUCGGUAACCACGAGUUUGACAACGGAAUCGACGGGGUGGUCCCGUACCUUGAAAAUCUGGACGCCCCAAUGCUGGCAGCCAAUAUCCUUGAUGAUGAGGAGCCGACGAUCCAGGGUCUGUUCCAGCCGAGUAUUGUGGUGACGAAAAACGGACGGAGAGUGGGGAUUAUCGGCGUGCUUAUUGCUAGUACGAAUAUCCUAGCCGCAACAGGCAACCUGAGGUUCACGGACGAGGUGGAGGCAGUCAGGAGGGAGGCUCAGCUGCUGCAUGAUGAUGGAGUGGACAUCAUCGUGGUCUUGUCACAUUGCGGGAUCGAAAUUGACCGAGUAAUAGCUCGAGAGGCGGGCCCAUACAUAGACAUCAUCGUCGGCGGACACAGCCACAGCCUUCUCUUCAACGGAGAGCCUCCACAAGAUUCAAGCUUCAAGCCUGUCGGCUCUUACCCUGUGGUGGUGGAACAAGACGGGAAAUCUGUUCUGAUAGUGCAAGCGGCAGCCCACACUCAGUACUUGGGUGAAAUCAGGCUGUUAUUCGACGAAAAUGGAAACCUUUUUGACUGGAGCGGCGAGGCACGGUAUUUGGGAAACGAAAUCAUACAAGCCCCAGACGUCUUAACCAAGAUAAACGAGUACCUCCCAAUAGUGAGCGUGCUGGCCAAUCAGGAGCUCGGCUCAUCCCGCGUGUACCUGUCGGCGACCUGCACUUGCCGCGAGUGCAAUCUCGGGAAUAUGAUAUGCGACGCGUUUCUGGAAGCCGCCAUGGAAUACGCCGAAGCGGAGCAGUGGAACGCGGCCCACGCGUGCGCCAUCAACCAGGGCGGCAUCCGGACAGACAUGCCUCAGGGGGUAAUUACCAUGGAGUCCCUACUCCUGGCUCAGCCGUUCGAGAACAACGUGGAGCUGUUCGAGCUGCGCGGAGACCACGUGCUGGCCAUGCUGGAGCACGCGCUCGCCGGCGACCGCUACCCGGGGGCCAACAUGGUGCAAGUGGGAGGUAUGCGGGUGGUGCUUGACGGCGCUCUGCCGGUCGGUAGCCGUGUCGUCAAUGCGUCGAUACGGUGUGUAACGUGCGAUGUGCCGCGGUACGAGCCUGUGGUGCCUGAGAACUGGUACUCUAUGGUCACGACAGAGUUUAUGGCGAGUGGAGGCGACGGCUUUAGUAUGAUAUCUGAAAACAAGAGGAACGUGCAAGUCAUAGGCGUGGACUACGCGAUCCUCGUCGACUACAUAGAGAAGAACAGCCCCCUGGUCAACGCUGUCGAUGGAAGAAUACAGAUCUCAAACGCUUGUGUUUAGUUAUUAGGAAAAACAUAUAGUUCAACAAACACAUAAACUAUGUACACUCACGGGCAAUGAAAAGGUUCCACCGAAAAAAACACCAAAUUACUUCUAAACGGAAAAAGCUAGCCUAAUGACGUCUUCUGUAACGUUGAAGUACAAUAAAAUUAACAGACCAUCAGGACCAACUAAAAACAACAAUAUUUUAUUCCAAUUUUAAAUUAAAUCUUUGAAAAAAUUGGGGCGUUUGGUGUCGGAAUUUUGUGAGUAGAAUGUUUUCAUUGCCCGGGAGUGUAUCAUUUAUUUAUUUGUCAAUAAGAAAAUCUGUUCUAAGUGCAACAUGGAAGACAGGUAUUAAAAAUUAUGAAGUUA